AUGGCAGACUACGUUUUCUUGCGAAAUAUCCGCCUCAGUGCCAAGAUAGGGCUUGAUUGCUGGCACAGGGACAAGGCGCAGCCGGCGCUGAUUUCCCUGUCUCUACCCACCGACGUUGAUCUGGCCGGGCAAACGGAUGACGUGGCCAUGACUGUCAACUAUGGCACUGUCUACAAGGCCAUUGAUGGCAGCGAUCUGGGAACAACGUCGUAUGCCACGCUAGACGCUUUCGCCGAAGCAACAGCCCGUAUUGCCUUGGAGACCGGCGGCGGCAAGACGGUCAGGGCUACCGUGAGACUUCCCAAGGCCAUUAUGCAGGCUGCAGAAGGAGAACAGGGCGGUGUCUCCAUGGACCUUGAGAUGACGACUGGUGAAGAAGGAGUCAAGUCAGUGCAAUCAAAGGUGCUUCACGUGCAUAAUCUCCGUGUCGCCUGCAUUUUGGGUGUCAACGAGCACGAGCGGAAGGAAAAGCAGGUGGUCGUCUUGAACCUGGAUCUUUACGGCUGGGUUCUGCCUGAGAAGACGGAUUACCAAAAGGACUUUACGCCCGUUAUUCAGCUUGUCGAGGAGUCGAGCUACCUCACACUUGAGGCUCUUGCCUCGGCCGUGGCAAAGUGUCUCAUCCUGCACCUUCAUUUCAGUACCGUCCGAGUGAGCAUCGAGAAACCCAACGCGUACGGAGGGGCGGACUGCCCUGGCGUAGUCAUAACAAGAUCCCAUACAUGA